GGUUCUGUUUCCGCUCCAACUCGUGUUCGUACCUGUUGUUGGAACUCUCAUGUUGAGAUUUUUAAGGGCUGCUGUCUCUUUCCGUCAUUUCGCUCGCCCCAGACAGCAUUAUUUUUCUCAUAUUUCCUCUCCAAUCGUGAGCACAGCACCAGCUUUAUCGACGCGGACGCGGAACAUGUCUACUCACCACGGAGAAUCCACUGUUCGUCCAGAGGCUGACAGGGUUCUCCAAGAUAUCGCAGACUACAUUCACAACUACAAGGUUGAAUCCGAUCUAGCUUUCGAGACAGCUCGACUUUGCCUGAUUGACACGAUUGGAUGUGGUUUGGAAGGUCUGAGGUUCCCCGAGUGCGCCAAGCUUUUGGGACCUGUGGUAGAGGGAACCAUUGUACCGAACGGAACCAAAAUUCCGGGAACCAACUAUCAGCUUGACCCAAUUCGUGGGGCAUUCAAUAUCGGCACCAUUAUCCGUUGGCUCGACUUCAACGAUUGUUUUUUGGCUGCUGAAUGGGGUCAUCCUUCCGACAACCUUGGAGCCAUCCUUGCUGUUGCGGAUCAUCUCGCUCGUCAAGGCCAACCUCUCACCGUACGCGACAUUUUGGAAGGAAUGAUCAAAGCACACGAGAUUCAAGGCUGCCUCGCUCUUCUCAAUUCUUAUAACAGAGUAGGACUCGAUCAUGUCGUCCUAGUCAAAGUGGCAUCGACUGCCGUGGUGUCGAAACUUCUCGGCCUUAACCGUGACCAAACCAUUGACGCUAUCUCUCAAGCCUGGGUUGACGGUCAAUCUCUUCGUACUUACCGUCACGCCCCCAACACUGGCCCAAGAAAAUCCUGGGCGGCUGGUGACGCGUGCUCUCGCGCUGUAAAUCUCGCUUUACUCGUGAAGAAGGGGGAGAAGGGUCUUCCGUCUGUCUUGACUGCCAAAACUUGGGGUUUCUAUGAUGUCUUAUUCAAGGGUAAACCCUUCGAAUUCCAGGUCCCUUACGGCUCAUACGUGAUGGAAAACGUUCUAUUUAAGAUCUCUUAUCCAGCAGAGUUCCACGCUCAAACUGCUGUUGAGGCCGCUCACAUCAUUCAUGCCAAGCUAAAGGAAAUGAACAAGACUUCUGACGACAUCAAGAGCGUUAGAAUUAGGACACAAGAAGCCGCUAUUCGUAUAAUUGAUAAGCAAGGUCCCUUGGACAACUUUGCGGACAGAGAUCACGCUAUCAACUACAUGGUCGCCUACCCUCUCAUCUUCGGCGAACUCACGUCUGAGAGCUACACUGAUGCAGCAGCAGCCGACCCCAGAAUCGACGCCCUUCGAGCCAAGAUCUACUGUGUCGAAGACAAACGUUUCAGUGUUGAUUACCAUGAGCCCAGCAAGCGCUCAAUUGGAAAUGCUCUGCUCGUCGAGCUGAACGACGGUACCGUACUGGAAGAAGUGGAAGUCGAGUACCCGGUCGGUCAUAAGCGAAGAAGAGAGGAAGGUACACCGCUUUUGAUUAACAAGUUCAAGAGGCACGUUUCCCACCAUUUCGCCGCGGCCCAUCAGAAGAAAAUUCUGGGUGCUGUAUUGGACGGACAGGGUCUCUCCAAAAUGCCUGUUGAUAAAUUCACGGAUUUGUUUGUCAAGUCUUAAUGUGGAAGCAGGAAGCAGGAAGGAAAUAUCUAUAAUUUCCUAGCUAGGGACGAGACCUGUACGUACCCCCCCAGUACAAUACACAUGGAACUGCAAAGAAUUAUGGAAUCCGGCCUGCCAUGUUGAAG